AUGUUCCCGCCUCCACACCUCCCGCCUCCACGCCUCCCGCCUCCACGCCUCCCGCCUCCACACCUCCCGCCUCCACGCCUCCCGCCUCCACGCCUCCCGCCUCCACGCCUCCCGCCUCCACGCCUCCCGCCUCCCGCCUCCACACCUCCCGCCUCCAGCCUCCACGCCUCCCGCCUCCACGCCUCCCGCCUCCACGCCUCCCGCCUCCACGCCUCCACGCCUCCCGCCUCCACGCCUCCACGCCUCCACGCCUCCACGCCUCCACGCCUCCACGCCUCCCGCCUCCACGCCUCCCGCCUCCACGCCUCCACGCCUCCACGCCUCCACGCCUCCACGCCUCCACGCCUCCACGCCUCCCGCCUCCACGCCUCCCGCCUCCACGCCUCCACGCCUCCCGCCUCCACGCCUCCCCGCCUCCACGCCUCCACGCCUCCACACCUCCCGCCUCCACACCUCCC